AUGCCAAACACAGCGUAAAGUACUACAAAGUAUAAAGUAUAUACACAUUGUGCAUAUGUGUAACUAGUUUUUUCUAUUUCGCCAAACAGGGUGAUGGAGAAGGGAGGGCCCAAAGAAGAGUUCGUGUACAGGGUGAGCACCGCCGAGGAAUGGGAGGAGCUUCGGACGAGCGGGGCUACGAUGGGCCGAGAUCUCGAUCGCAACACUCGCUGUAUCCACCUCAGCAACCUUCACCAGGUGAGGAUGGUUUUGAGGAACUUUUUUAGCGAAAGGAAGGACCUUUACCUGCUACAGAUUGACGCUUCCAAGCUCGGGGAGGGAUUAAUUUACGAAUCAGCCGAUGCUUCAAAUUAUUUCCCGCAUUUCUACGGCCCGGCUCGGAGUUUCGCUCCUCUUCCACUCGAGGCUGUGAUCAAGGCAGAGAAAUUGGAUCUUGUAAACUCUGAAUUCACUUGCAGUCUACUUGAUCAAGAAAGAAGCUGAUUCCACUAUUGUAAUAAUAUUUCAUUGACUUUGAUAAACAGCAUUUUUGCUGAUUGAAUGGUACAUAACACUGGUUUGUAUAACAUAAUAACAUUCUAGAAUAAAAAAAUUUGGCUUUUAAA